AUACGAUUGGAUUGCGAUUUCUAUUGCAAAAAGUAAAGAUUAUGGCAGACCUCGCGAUUGUGCCUUUUCAAGAGUCGUUCUCCGCGCUUCCCAGGCUUUCGCUCUCGCGGUUGCACGAGGAUUUCGCACAUUGAGUAUCGAGUAGUGCCAAUGUUUCAGCAGGGUGCGCCAUCACCCCGGCUAACGCCAUCAUCUAUCUCGAUAGACGAGUUGGUCAAAAAGUAGAACUCCAGCUUUCGAUAAUUCAGCCAGAUAUUUUCCAGAGCAUUUCUCCUAUGCAUAAUCACAUUUUCCGCACCUAUGAAACCAUUAUAGACGAGGCACAGGCGAUCACAGUCAAUGGCAACUUUCUCUAUUUCUUCUCUAUAAAUCCGGCCUUCGUAAGUCUAUAUUAAACGAGCACGAGAACAGACGAGCGUAGUCAAAAUAUUGUUGAUUAUAUACAUAGUAAUACACUAACACUUCGCGCACGUGCAGCUGCAGACUCGAAAUUGGUAAAAAAAUCAGAACUGCAUUGCUAUGUCCAUCAUAUCCGCAGAUCACCCUGCUCCUUUUUUAUUUGCCUUGCUAUUAGAUUUCUUAGAUCGUCCUUCCUGGCUGCAUCCCCACGUUGCUUGCUUAGGUUAGAUACGCAAGUAUUCAGACAGUACAAUCUACAAAUGCAACGAGAUCGAUGUCGUUCAUGAAAUUACAUGAUUAGUUGUUUUUGCUCCUGCUCUUGAAAGAUGAGCUUGAUAUAAUUAGUCCUAGUAGGUUUAGUGUGAGGCAUAGAAGUUAGUUUUCUUCAACGUGCAAGUUCAUUUCUUGGUGUCAACGACAUAGUCCCAGUUAUUAGUCCUAGACUGUGCUUGAGACAAAGAUAGAAGAUAGUAGUCUUUCAUCCCAGUCCCACACAAGAAGACGUGUAUACACACGUACACGGUCCGCUGAAAAUCUAGUCCUAGUAGUUUGAUCAGUUGUUCUGAGACCGUCUCGAAUUGGACCGUCUCUGAAUAGAGCGUGUUUAAAUUUCAACUAGAUUAGUAAAAGGUCAGCAAUUUGUGCGACUUGUGCUCCUCUUUUGAUUGCAGAAAGCUACGUUUCGUUCAAUUGAAAGUCAUUCGUCUCACUAAAUUGACCCUUGUUGUUCUUUGAGUAGCUAGACCUAGACGUUCGCUGUUUGUCUAGACCUGGUAGAUUUUUUUCUUCUAUCGAAAUGUCGGGUUCUACAAAGAAGACAACGGAGAACGAGGCGGCCGUUGCUCGAAUGGAGGAAGCGCUCGCUGCUUUUGGCCAAGGAAAAUUCGUAUUAGUUAUGGACUCUCCGGAUCGCGAAAAUGAAUGUGAUCUCAUCGUAGCGGCAGAGUAUUGCACGGUGGAACAGGUAUUGGCUUUUGUCUAGUACUACAGCUUAACAUCAGGGUGGAUGUGAACAACAAGCGUAACAAUUUCAAAUCACAACGACAUUCAUGUUGUUGCGCAACUAACGUUGUCCACCAACAUUACAAAAAUCACAGAUGGCGUUUAUGAUUCGCAAGAGUACAGGAAUCAUAUGCGUAACGACUGGCAAGGAAAGAUUGGAAAGUUUUGGGUUACAUCCUGCAACGGGUCGAAACACGGAUCCGAAUGGAACCAAUUUCUACGUUUCCACUGACUAUCUGAUUGGAACUACCACAGGAGUUUCGGCGGCGGUAAAAGUUUUUCAUUUAAUUGUUUUCUGGACUCCACAGUGUUUAUGUUAUACGUGCAGACUUUGUUUGAGAAUUGUUUACUCAGGGGUUGUUGCAUUGAACAUCUAGCACCAAUACCAAACUCAAACUCUGCAUGCCGAACAGACAUACUCACUAUUCUAAAUAUACUAUAGCACCCUCAUCCUGUUGCUGAUCAUCCUCUGUUUGUAAAUCCACCUCUCAGGACCGUGUCGCGACCCUUCGCGCUUUCUGCGAUGUGAAGAACAGCAAAGCUGAGGACUUCUCGAAGCCAGGCCAUAUGUUUCCGCUCUGUGCGAAGGAUGAUGGUGUCUAUGUGCGUGGUGGACACACUGAGGCAACCUUCGACUUCUGUCGUCUGGCACCCGGCGUCCGCCAUCCAGUUGGGGCAUUGGCUGAGCUAAUGCACGAUAAUGGCGAAAUGUAUCGAGCAGAAGACUCACGGAAGUUUUUAUGACUGAUCUCUGGUCGAACAACCUAGAAGUGUUAGAGUUAGUUAUAUCGUGUUCGUCAUCAUGUAUAGAAAGUGCAUGAUGAAGCAAACAAAUUACAAAGUUUCCUGUCGUCGUCUCAGUGGAAUUUCGUUACGAGAUGCAAGUUCUGGCAAUUGUAUUUUCCUGAGCAACUGUUCUGCUUCUGUUGUCCCUUGUUUUUGUAUUUUUCUCUACCCAGCCGACUCUCUCUAAGGUCUGCUCUCGAGUACAAUAUGCCAAUGGUCUACGUUGACGAUAUCGUUCGGUACCGCAGACACAAGGACGAACUGCAGAGAUUGGCAGAAUCGUCGCGGAAGCAUUUGGGCGUACCACAACGCCAAAUCAGUGAAGAAACGUCGAAAAGUCCGAUGGCAGUGCCGAGAGGACCAGUCGCGUUUCCUAGUCGACAGGUAUCUGUAGGGGUGAACGAUCCUGGCGAACCAGUCUGCGCCCCUGCACCGUCUUCGCUACAGGAAGAACAAGGGAGGAAGAAAGUGCCGAUUUCACCGAUCCUGGCCCCAGGACCGUUUGCUCAAAUAAGAAAAGAGGGGCGGCUGGAAGUGGUAUACAACGACAAUUUAUUGUAGUUUUGAUGUCGCUACCGUGAUACUCCUUCUCGCCAUUUCUACUUUCUUGUCAUGGUCGUUCAUGCACUCUCCAUCUUACUUCAUGGAAUGUAUCCAUUGCGCAAAACCGCGGAUUGAAUUUGGCACCCUAAAAAUCAAGUUUUCCACAUUCAUAUGCACUCCAGGCUGAAGACGCGUCUGCCUCGUUAAGCUUUCGAGGGAUUGAAAGCGGUGCUGUACGAAUGAUUGUGAAACCGAGUCCAACAGGUGCAGAGACUAUACUUUUAGUAACAGGCGACGUCUCGAAUGCGACCCGUGUGCCUGUUCGCGUCCAUUCUGAAUGCUUCACUGGAGACACCCUAGGUUCGAAGAUGUGCGACUGCGGUGAACAGCUAGCGGCGUUUAAAAAGGUAUUUCUUUUCGUUUUGUUUGAAUGCUAGUUGGUGGAAAGUGAGAUCGAAGAAAAAGUCUUAACAAGAGGAACUAGAUGAAAUUUAUGUCUGAUGAGAAAUAGCCGUAGCCCAAAUGAAUCCGCGUGCCGUUGCAAGUACUUACUUCCAGUUCCAAUCUUUCCUCGCCAACGCCAGGUCAUGGAUUCCCGAAAGCUUGGAGUUUUAGUAUACCUCAAAGGCCAUGAAGGUCGUGGGAUCGGCUUGUACCAUAAGAUUCGAGCUUAUGAGUUGCAGACCAGUGAGGGGCUCGAUACAGUGGAGGCCAAUGAGCGCCUUGGCUUCGAGAACGACUACCGCGACUUCGACACGGCAAUCAGCGCACUAAGGGAUUUAGACUUGAAGUCCAUCACCCUGUACACCAACAAUCCAGACAAGGAGAGGCUUAUGCGGGAAGAGCUGGGGAUUGACGUGGCAGUGAAUUCCUUGCCGACCAGUCCAAACCGACACAAUUUCAGAUACUUGGAGACCAAAAAGCACCAGCUGAGGCACCGUACAAUUAUGCAGACCUUUGAUUUGGAUAAGGAGAUCGAACAAUCAAACACUUCAAGAACAAGGAAUCAAACCGAAGGACUUUCCUCCAGUACAAAUCUUGUAGGAGGGGGCUCAUCUAGUACAAAUCUUGAAGGAGCAGGUGGAGCGCAACAAGUAGUACAGGAAUCGUCAGCAACGCCGACGCCAAGAACAAGGGAGCUUUUUUCGCCAGGCACGACAGGCGAGACCUCGAUAGAACAGAAUAGACCUGAUAAUAGAGGUGCGCAUCAAAGCAGAGGAGGAAGUGCAGCUAUUACUUCGGUGUCGCUGCAUUUUAGUAAUGGCACGCAUGCAGAACUGCCAAUUACAUUUACCUCUGGGGGCGAAGCUGCAAGAAGUAGUAGCAGCAGUAGUCCACCUAUCCUUCCACCUGUAGGUCCUUCUGGGGGUGUUACUCUUACAUCAGCCUCAACUCAUCUCAACGAAGAUAGCAACUUCAUAAGUGGUCGUGGCGCCACUUCUCCCGUUGAUAUGGUUGCGUUCAAUCAUGCACUGGACCCUGAUGCGAGGACGCGGUCUCUCCAAGAAUUAAAUCCUCGAAACAAGCCGCGUUCUGUCGUAAUCAUCUCCACAAAGUGGAACGCAGCGUUGCUGCAACCUAUAGUGGACUCUGCUCGCGAGUAUCUGACAGCUAAGGGCGUGCCAACACAGUGGCAUCUGUGUGCGGGUCACAUGGACUUGCUCAUUGGGGCAAAGACACUCUUAGCGCGCAGAAGGCCUAGACCAAGAGCGCUGAUCGUUCUGGGCAUGAUGGUGCCGAACGAGAGGAAGAGUGGUAUGAGAAUUUAAAAUUUUUGAUCUUUGAAAGAAAUAAGUUACCUUGAAUUCUUGAGCAGGCUGCUCUUCUUGAAGCAACUUCAAACUUUCGAACUUCCCCCAUCUCGCACACCAGAUGUCCCGAUCUUGGAAGCUGAUAGAAGUGCUAUUGUGAAUUCUUUAUUGAAUUUGACGCUGAGCAACGAUGUGCCGAUAAUCCAGGGAAUCAUGUGGUGCGACUCAGAGGAGCACGCUCGUGCCAAAGCUCGCGCCGGCAACAAUCCCGGGCGUGCAUAUGCCCAGUCCGCGUUGUACAUGGACAGCAUGCUGGAAACAACCGAGAUCGAAGAUGAGGACGCCUUCGGAUUUGGAUCGUCUGCAGAAAUGGAAGCAACAGAAGCGCAAGAUGGAGCUAAUAUAAAUGCGAAUAAUACUGUUUCUGGUGGCACCACAACUGCAACUUCUUCUGCGGUUGUGCCUGCGAAAAAUGCAACCCCUCCUACUGUGCAACUUUUCUCUAAUGUGGUAAACGUUGCAAUUAAGACAGGCGAUGCUGCUGCAUCGCCGACAGAGGAGAAAAAUAGUGUAGCAGAAGUCGUGGGGAGAGUUUAA